AUGGAAAAGCGUCUUGAUAGCAGUGAAGCUUCUACAACCAGCAAUCUGUCCACAAUUUUAUUUAAUGCUCCUGUCUUCCCUAAACUUUCAAAACAAUUUCGCAUUGACAACACUGAUCACAUUAUUGAUGUGAAUAAAGGCAACAUACCAUUUGAAUAUGAUCAAGUCAACAUUAUUUGCCCUGUGUACAUGCCAGGCACUCAUGAAGAGGACGCAGAAAAAUAUAUUAUCUAUAAUGUGUCAAAGGAAGAAUAUGACACAUGCCGUAUUACCAAUCCAAAUCCACGUAUCAUUGCUAUAUGUGACAAACCAUAUAAACUGAUGUAUUUUACCAUCACAUUCCGUUCUUUUACCCCUCAACCUGGGGGAUUGGAAUUUCAACCAGGUCAAGACUACUACUUCAUUUCCACAUCAUCAAAAGAUGACUUGCAUCGGCGAAUUGGUGGCCGCUGCUCUACGCACAACAUGAAGGUGGUAUUCAAGGUGUGCUGUCAACCAAAUGAUCUGCAAAAUCAGACAAGUGCUCAACGGCCGUCCAGCACCACUGUCAUUACUUCUGUGGGAACUUCUCCUUCUGUUAGUGCAGCAGUCAGUACAGCAGCUACACCCACUAGUACACGCCCCACUUCACUAAAGGAAUUAGACAUGCCUAAUUACAAUGUAAAGUCAACCACUAAGAAAACAAAUGAAUAUGAUAAUAAACACCCGAAUGAAGUGUUGAAGAAUGAAGAAUUAACCUACAAUAGUGCACAGACCCUGGCAGCUGCACCAGUGCUGUGGCAACUUCUGACUGGUACCUGUGCUACAGUGCUGCUGGCAGUACGACUUGUUGGCCGGUGAGGAGAUGUCUUAAACAAGCUCUCCUUGUAAUAUAAUUGUACAUUAUUUAUACAUACUCUGCAUGGUUGCCGAGUGCAUAUGGAAGGAAGAUAUCCUCCAGUGCUAGUACCACAGUGCCACUAGCCUCCUUGCUGCCUUGAUUCUGAGUGAAAUGAUCUCAGGGUUAUGGGAGCUUCUGACGCAGUGAUUUUCCUUCUACACUUACUGAACAAGAUGGGAUUGAAUGAGAGAAAAUAAGACUAAGGAGAAGAAGUAGAUAUAAGUGUUCAUUCAAUUUUCGAAGGAUUCCCUUUGUGCAAUCUCGGCAAAUCUCGGAUGUCAACGUAUAUGAUGUGUAUGUAUAUGUAUGUGUGUUUUAUCUACUGAUGCACACAUGCACAUAUGUAUGUGUGCAAAUAUGUACACCGUGUUCUCUACUUAAAUUAGUUUUGUGAAUGAUUGAUGAGUGUGUGUCUCAUCUUCAUUUGAGUGAAGAUUUUUUUAAAAAAUUCACCUCAACUACUUGAAACAUGUAGGUGUACAGGUUGCUGCUGACUCAUAGUUAAAUACAAAUCCUUGUGAAUUUCCAAGAGUGUGACACAGUAGAUAGACUGUUGAGGGAUAAUGCUUGAAUUAUUCUUCAUUCACUGUUGACAUUCAUGUUUUUGACCUUUCAAUGAAACGGGAAUGGAAAUUAAAGGAUUCAUUCUCAUUCUCAUGUCUGCUAUUAUGCUUAUGUGAAUGUAAAAAGUUUCUGGACAACUUAUAAGCUUCAUCUCAUCACAUAUUAAAGAUGCGGUGGUUGAUUUCUUCUUUCUUGAAGUGAAGAAGAAAUUUCAGAAGACCUAAAUAGAAAAUGUUUAUGUAUGUAAUGUAUGCAUGAAAUGUAUGUAAUGGUUGUAAGUAUGUAUGUAAUGUGAAAUGCCUGUAUUAUAAAUGUCUGUGGAUAUAUUUCAAGUAUCAAGAAGUUAAUGUGGAUCAAGAAAUGUGAAGUCGUACUGUUGGGAACUUUAACAUAUUGCAAGUGUUUUGUGAGAAAAGGAGUAAUGUACAAAUAAUUGUGUAAUUGAUUGUAUGUUUGUACCUGUGAGAAAUGUGUAUAUCUAUGUGGAAGUAUAUUGUAUGAUUGAACAUGACAUAAUUGGUGUGAUAGUGUGUAUGCACAAUACAUUGUGACACGGAUGUUGUGAUGGUACUUAGAUUGUAGGUGUAUAUUGUAAAAUAAAUUGUCAUUGUGAACAAAAUACUAUUUCUUAUAGUUGCCUUGUUACAGUGUAUGGAACUAUUUUCUAGGACACAACUUGUAGAAAAUAAUCACAAUGAAAAAUAGAAACAAAUAUACAUGCAAUACCUAUCUUUGGCAGUCUUUGAAGGAAGCUUAAAUAUUUGCUGAUUGUUUGCUGUAGGCUGCUGUAUCUUCUGAAAUGAUCUGACAUACCUAAAGUGAUGCAUGAUAUAGCUGUUCUCCAUAAAAUAGUAGUGUAUUAAUGAGAAAAGCACUUUCAUUCUGGUAUUUUACAAGCUUAAGGCAUUUCUUGAGAAGAUCUUGUGCAGCUGGGCUUAGGAGCUGCACGGAGGUCAUAAGGUCAUAAUUGAACAAAAAGAAACAAUGGGAAUUGUUCCAAAAAGCCAAACCAUGUACCAACGCUCCGCAGGAAAGAUCUUUUUUGAAUCUGCUGUGAUUGAACUGUUGGAUUUGUGCCUUAAAAUAUGUAAUCUGCCCAUUUUAUCAACAUUUCUCAGCCUCCAUGCAUCUCCCAGGUCAUGAGUACCAGUCGUUUUGUUUUACAGGAAAUCUGAUAGAUGCCUAGGAACAGCGUUUGCUCAUGAUCUCAGUGCUGUGAAACUGGGACAUCCAGUCAACAGGGUAGGCUCCCAGGUGUGUUACUUACUUAUCAGAAUUUAAAGCCAGUUAAAUUUGAUCACUUGGUAUGAACUGCAAUUAGAUACAGUGAAUAUAAAAACUCGGGGAAAAUGAUGUGUUGCCUCCAGCAAACAGCUGUGUGCAGGCCUGCUCUCUGCCGUAGGCACAAUAUUUGCUAGUUUAUGUUUGUAUCCACUCGUGUACACACAUUUACUUAUACAGACUAACACACACACACACUCACAGAUACAUGCAUGGACUUUGAAAAGGUGUGGUAGACAUUCAAGAACAUAAAUAGAUGUACAUAUGAACAUACAAACACAUCAUCAGAGCAGAUGAUAAACAUGCAUGUAUUCAUACAUACACAUAUACAUUCAUACAGACAUGCAUACAUAAAUUAUACAGUUAUAAUACAAAAAUAUAUUUGUAUGGAUAUAUUAUGUUCAUACACUACAUAUUUACACAUCAUCCACACCAUAAUACAAACAUAAAUACAGAAUACAUAUGUACAUACAAAUGUGCACAUAGGCAUAUGUGCACAGUUUACUCACACAUUGUUCGAUAGUACUAAAGCUAAAAGAAAUGUGACACCAAGUUUCACUUGAAGAUGUGACAUUUGUUGCUGAAUUUAAAAUUCCAUUUCAUUGUAGAUUUCAAAAGAGUAUUAGUUGUUCUGUGUAAUUAUGUGUAUAUAUGGUAUAUAAGUAAUUAAGUGCCAUAAAUGGAUAUGUUUGCUGUAUUUUCUUUAUAUAAAUCACCAUCUUAUCCAGUGAAAGUAUAUACUAUGCAAGGCUAAUGAGUAAUGUUCUAGUACUUAAUUUUCUGCAUGAAAUGCAAGACUGUUGUUGAAGUUCUGUUAACACCUCUUGAAGUUGUCAGCCAUAGCAUUGACAUUUUAAAAAUUCGAACAAUGAUUUUAAAGUAUGGCAUUCUCAGUUCAUAGACCAUGACAGCUGCUUUUAACAGGUGUGGUUGUAUGACAUCCAGCUGGAAAUAAUUAUUGUCCUCUGUUUAGGCUCUCCCACUUCCACUAGUGCACAAAUUCAUUGGUUUACCUUUAAAAACAAAUUGUGCAUUCAGUGCCUUGGAAAUAAGAGAACAAAAGGCUUUGAUUCUACACAGCCAUUGUUUUACAUUGCUCUCUGUUUUAAGCAGAUGAUGAAAUGGUUUCGAUAUUUGUAUGCACAUAUUGUAAUUUUCUUCAAAGAAAGUGUGUAGCAUCUGCUCAAAUAAUUUCGAUAUUUAGUAUGUCUUAUCAAAUUGGCCUUCAUCUUAUCAAUAAAUUGCUCACAUUCUGUCAUAGAGUGUAUAUGCUGUGGAAUUGAAAUGGUGUGAGAGAAUAUUGACCAAAUUUCAAACACACCAAAGUGGCACAGAUGAAAAUUUAUUUAUUGUGGCAAAUAAUAUUCAGAGAAUAUGUUUAGGUAACAAAAAUACUUUGUAGUCUUUAUUUUACUGUCGUUGAACUCCGCAAGUGUGAUUGAAUGCUAAAGAAAUAGAGUGUGUAUGCACAAAUUUGAGUAAUUGUGUAUUGACUAAUAAAUUGCUGUUCCCAAGGAAAUAAAUUGAAGUUCCAUUUUAUUUGAUUGAUAUCUGGUCAGACCUUGCAUACUAAUGUCAAGUAUCAUUCUGUAAUAGUACAGGCAAAUAACUACAAAUCAUGUUCAUCCUGUACUAAGGACACCUCCUCACCUGUGACAGACUGACAUAUUUCUUUGAACUGAACUGAUUAUAACCGUAAAUAUCGUGCUAAUAUUAACCCUCUUUCUUCUAAAACAAUAUUUAAUUCAAAAUUUAUCAACAGUUUCAAUGCAAAUUCAGACUGAUACUGAUUAUCAAAGAAACUUAUGCUCAGAUAUGGAAACUAAACUAAAUAUAACCACUGGGUUUACAGCACUCCUGUUUAAAUCUACUUUUUUUACUAGUCAACAGGCACACUGAAUCAUAAAUUUAUUAUAAAUUAUGAAGCACAAGAGUGCAGCAGUAAUUUUUGUUAUAGUCAUUUAUGAAAAAAUUCAGUGCAUGAUUUUUAGUCAUCUUUAUGUUUUCAAAUUUAUCUUCACAGAAGAAACGACUUCAGUAAAAUUUGUCUGUGAAAGAGCUGGAAAUUUCAAGUUAUCAUUGGUUUUGAAAAGUAAAACCCUUGAAAUAUUGAUGAAACUAACUUCAGGUUUCCCCGUUGUGGAUUUGCAGAAAAUUAAAAGAUAUUGUUACAUGUGGAUCAACUACAAGUCCAAUUAUAAAUAUUUAUGAAUAUGAAAAUGAGUUUCAUGAUUAAUUUUUUUUUUUUUUUUUUUGCAAUUUGUGAUCACAUAUAUUCAUCAAAUUUUAUACUUCCAAAUUCAUACAUUGUAGGCUUAUUGAGACUCAUUAAUGAUAAAAAUAACUUUCAUUUCCUGUCACAUCAUUCCAAAAGAUUAUUUCUAAUUUAUUUCUGCUUACUGUGCCAUAUGUAACACUCAAGCAAAUGAAUUGAUCAUGGGAGAAAAGUAUAUAAUUGACAUUGUAAUUAUAUUGGUGUGUAGAUUUCCAUUAAUGUAUCUCCUGUUAUAGUAGUUAUUCUAACAAAGAUUGCUGUACUCGCACAUUUUGGAGUUUCAGCUUUCAUAGAAAUGAUUGUGUAUUUUAUUUACUGUAAUCUGUCACGUAUACAAAACAACUGGAUAAAAGAGUAUAUCUGAACAAAUUUGAAGAUUACAAAGUGUGUACCUGUGUGUUAAUUAUUUGUGAAAGACAACUGUCAUGCUCAUUUAACUAGGAAAGUAUCCAUAUUUAGAAACGUGUGUUUUUCUUUACAUGUAGGGAAUUAUGACACCCUACACACAUAAUUGAUUUUUAAGGAGGAGGAUGGGCAUGAUGCUUUUAACCACACUGGAUGAUUUGACUUGGAGAAAUGAAAAAAAAAAACAUUUAUACAGUACAGUAUUUUUGCUCAUGUUGAUCCACUGAGAAAAUGCUACAAAACCAUUUUGUGGUUUUGUAUUGUUGUUACUACUUCAAAGUUGACCCAAUUAUUGUGGGGGAAUAAUGUAUAUUAAAUCCAGUGGUGGCUCGUAACUUCAAGAGACGAUUCAGAUAACUGCAACUUGCAGUAGUCUUACUUUUCUAAAAACUGUGGUACACUAUUGAUAAUAUACAGGAAUUCUUUGUUUAAAUUUCAUUUGCACUGAGCCACUAAGAAUAAUUCGUUCACAGUGAAACAUUAUGCCACUGAAGCAACAUAAUAUAUUGCUGUGUCUUGUAAAAAAUAUGUCAUAAGGGAGAAAUUACCUCUUCAAUAUUAUAUGGAAAUACAUUCUCGGAAUCUUGCAAUGUAAAAGAAAUCCUGAACAAAUGUUUGGCCCGUAAAUUGCCUGUUAUUGAAAUGAAAUUUAAGAAUAUUGAUUAAAACAUGCAACACACUUAAGUAACUGAAUUAACUUCAUUAGUUCACUUCCAUAUCACUGAGGAUUGAGAAAAUGCUUCAAAUCAAUGAGGCAAAUGGUGAGUACUAGUGUAAAGAACUGGAGGCUUACAGUGUUAUAAAUGUUAUACUUUUAGAAUUAUAUUGCUUUGUUUCCUUUAUGAGAAUGGUCAAUAUGUUUAAAGUGUAAAUUUUAUCAACAGAGCAUACUGAAAGAUGCAUACUGAAAGAAACGCUUUUCAAAAUUUUUUGUUUGUAGAGAAGUACUUUUCAUAAUGAGUACUUUGAUAGAUGUAUUACUUUCCUCAGUUUACUUUUUCCCUAGUACAUCCUGAUCAAUAGAGCUUUGAACUUUUCAUCUGUUCAUGUGACAGUGAAAUUCAUCAUGCAUGCAAUUAACAUUUCCUAGUCUGAUUUUAUCUUUCAUUUAUUUUGCUUCUAACAGUUUUUAUAUUCUAUAAAAUAUCAGGAAUGAAUUUAUUUUUUAUUACACCCAUUGAAGUUGGACAACAAAAAUUCAAAAAAAAAAAAAAUUAGUAAGCCCUUCUUCAACAAAUUAUUUCAAAAUCAACAUUGAAAAUUCAAAAUGAACACAUAAACAGCUGCUAAUCUUUAUCUAAAACAAUAAAAGAAAAACUUUUUGCACAGUGGAAGUUUUGACUUUGGAUGACAUGAAGAGUAUGAAAUUGAUGGCAUUGAAAAUGUAGCAUUUAAAAAUUAAAUAUGGAAAUGAAUUCAUAAACUUGUGAUAAGAUCUCUGCAAUUCCUUCCUUACUUCCUAUCAUGCAAGGUUUCUUUAAAAAGCAGUAUUUGGAAACAAGUUGCUCAGUGUAUUUGAAGUAUAUUCUUCUGUAAUUCAGCUUGUGUAGUUGACACUCUGUUGUAGUAAGCAAACAAUGAUGAACCACCACUGGGUAAAUAAAAUUUAUAUUUUAUUAACUGAAUUAUAAAGAAAAAUUGAAUAAUUUUGCAGAGUGUUUGAAUCAAAAUAUUGUACCCAUGUGUCCUAGAACCUUGCGUUUUAGAAAUAAUCAUCACUGUUUUAGAAAGGUAUUCUGAAGACUCAAUGUCUUGCAUAAAUUUAUAGUCAAAUCUGACGUAUGUUGAUGGUGUAAAUUACAGACAAUGAAAACAAAUAGUGUGUGGGACUGAAAUGAGAGUAUGAAAAUGUAUGAAAUUAAUUGCAAAAUAUUCGUGUUAUUGAAAUAAUCAAACUUAUGUUUUAAAAAUAAAGAUAAUGUGACAUGUAUGGCUGUUUCUGAAGCAAAUGUUUUGAUUUUCCAUUGCAAUUAUGAUGGAAAACUUCUGUUAACUAUGUGUAUUGCAAAUAUCCAACAUUUAUGUCUGUCUUGUUUUCACAUCAUAUAUUUAAAAGUUUGAAUCAAAAGAUUUAUGUCAAUUUAGAAUGAUUGAAUAUUGUCUUUCUUUUUAUUGGAGGCACUGCUACAGUUCUGAAGAUAAUAUAAAUAUUAGUGAUGUAGGAGAUGCGUCUAAAUCUUGAAAACACUGAGAG